CUGCAGGAAGUCAAGCUGCGGCCUGGUGGAUGGGGCAGGGGCCCGGGAAGCCCCAAGGUGGGGUGCAGAUGGAUCUCAACCGCAUCAUCCAGGCGCUCAAGGGCACCAUUGACCCCAAGCUGCGCAUCGCAGCCGCCGAGAGCGAGCUCAACCAGUCCUACAAGAUAAUCAAUUUUGCUCCCAGUUUACUUCGGAUCAUAGUCCCUGACCAUGUGGAAUUCCCAGUUCGCCAGGCAGCUGCCAUCUACCUGAAGAACAUGGUGACGCAGUACUGGCCAGACCGUGAGCCACCCCCAGGAGAAGUGCUGUUUGCCUUCAACAUCCAUGAGAACGAUUGCCAACAGAUACGGGACAACAUUGUGGAGGGCAUCAUCUGCUCACCAGACCUGCUGAGAGUCCAGCUGACAAUGUGCCUCCGUGCCAUCAUCAAACACGAUUUCCCUGGCCACUGGCCGGCAGUUGUGGACAAAAUCAACUAUUACUUGCAGUCCCAGAGCAGUGGGAGCUGGCUUGGCAGUCUGCUGUGCCUCUACCAGCUGGUAAAGACAUAUGAAUAUAAAAAAGCAGAGGAGAGGGAGCCUCUGAUAGCAGCCAUGCAGAUAUUCCUGCCUCGGAUUCAGCAGCAGAUUGUGCAGCUUCUGCCUGAUUCUUCUCAUUAUUCUGUGUUACUGCAGAAGCAGAUUCUGAAAAUCUUUUAUGCACUUGUUCAGUAUGCUCUGCCUCUGCAGCUGGUGAGUAACCAGACCAUGACUGCGUGGAUGGAGAUCUUCCGCACCAUCAUCGACAGGAUGGUCCCUCCUGAGAUGCUGCAGCUAGAUGAGGAUGACCGGCCUGAGCUGGUCUGGUGGAAGUGUAAGAAGUGGGCCUUGCACAUCGCAGCUCGCCUUUUUGAACGAUAUGGAAGCCCAGGAAAUGUCACAAAAGAAUACUUUGAAUUUUCUGAAUUCUUUUUGAAAACUUACGCUGUUGGGAUUCAGCAGGUUCUGUUGAAGAUCCUGGACCAGUACAGACAGAAGGAAUAUGUGGCCCCCCGCGUGCUCCAGCAGGCGCUCAACUUCCUCAACCAGGGUGUGGUGCACCCUGUGACCUGGAAGCACAUGAAGCCACACAUGCAGAGCAUCUCCGAGGAUGUGAUCUUCUCCGUGAUGUGUUAUAAAGAUGAGGACGAAGAGCUAUGGCAGGAAGACCCCUACGAGUACAUCCGGAUGAAAUUCGAUAUUUUUGAAGAUUAUGCUUCCCCCACCACUGCUGCCCAGACUCUCCUCUACACGGCUGCAAAGAAGAGGAAAGAGGUGUAGCUGAAAAUGAUGGCAUUCUGCUACCAACUUCUCACUGACCCGAACUUUGACCCAAGGAAGAAAGAUGGGGCCUUGCACGUGAUUGGCUCCCUAGCGGAUAUUUUAUUGAAGAAGAGUUUAUUCAAGGACCAGAUGGAGCUGCUCCUGCAGAAUCACGUCUUCCCAUUAGUGUUGUCUGACCUGGGCUAUCUUAGAGCUAGAUCCUGUUGAGUGCUGCAUGCGUUCAGCUCUUUGAAGUUUCAUAACGAGCUCAACCUCCGGAACGCCGUGGAACUUGCCAAGAAGGGUCUUACUGAAGACAAAGAGAUGCCUGUGAAGGUGGAGGCUGCCCUGGCCCUUCACUCGCUCAUCUCCAACCAGCCCCAAGUGAAGGACUACAUGAAGCCACACGUGAGGCCAGUCAUGCAGGAACUACUGCACAUUGUCCGUGAGACAGAGAAUGAUGACGUGACCAACGUCAUCCAGAAGAUGAUCUGUGAAUACAGCCAGGAGGUGGCCUCCAUUGCCGUGGACAUGACCCAGCACCUGGCUGAGAUAUUUGGCAAAGUUCUUCAAAGUGAUGAAUAUGAAGAAAUCGAAGACAAGACAGUAAUGGCCAUGGGGAUCCUCCACACCAUCGACACCAUCUUGACAGUUGUAGAGGAUUAUAAAGAGGUGACUCAGCAGCUUGAGAAUAUCUGCCUUCGUAUCAUCGAUCUGGUUUUACAGAAGCAUGUCCUUGAAUUCUAUGAAGAGAUCCUCUCUCUGGCCUACAGUCUGACCUGCUACGGCAUCUCCCCCCAGAUGUGGCAGCUUCUAGGUAUCUUCUAUGAGGUUUUCCAGCAGGACUGUUUUGAGUACUUUACAGACAUGAUGCCUCUCCUGCAUAACUAUGUCACAAUAGAUACCAACACUCUACUCUCAAACCCGAAGCAUUUAGAAAUACUUUUUACAAUGUGCAGGAAGGUUUUGAGUGGAGAUGCCGGAGAAGAUGCAGAAUGCCAUGCAGCCAAGUUUCUUGAAGUCAUCAUUCUUCAGUGCAAAGGAAGGGGUAUCGACCAGUGCAUCCCACUCUUUGUGCAGCUGGUUCUGGAACGUCUGACCCGCGGGGUGAAGACCAGUGAGCUGCGCACCAUGUGUCUCCAGGUGGCCAUUGCUGCUCUGUACUAUGAUCCCGACUUGCUGCUGCUCACCUUGGAGCGGAUCCAACUGCCUCACAACCCUGGGCCCAUCACCAUCCAGUUUAUAAACCAGUGGAUGAGCGACACAGAUUGUUUUCUCGGGCAUCAUGACCGGAAGAUGUUCAUCAUUGGGCUGAGCAUCCUCCUGGAGCUACAGAACAGGCCUCCAGCGGUGGAUGCAGUGGUGGCACAGAUUGUUCCCUCAGUACUUUUCCUCUUCCUGGGCCUGAAGCAGGUGUGUGCCACCCGGCAGUUGGGCAGCCGGGAAGAGGACUCUAGAGCUGAGAAAGCAGACGUGGAAGAGAAUGAAGAGAUUUCCAGUGAUGAGGAGGAGACCACAGUCAGUGCUCAGGCCAUGCAGUCCAGUAAUGGGAGAGGGGAAGAUGAGGAAGAAGAUGAUGACGACUGGGACGAGGAAGUGCUGGAAGAGACGGCCCUGGAGAGCUUCAGCACUCCGCUGGACCUGGAUGGCAGCGUGGAUGAGUACCAGUUCUUCACACAAGCCCUGCUGGCGGUGCAGAAUCGGGAUGCUGCCUGGUACCAGCAGCUCAUGGCCCCGCUCAGUGAGGACCAGCGUCGGGCGCUGCAGGAGGUGUACACGCUUGCUGAGCACUGGAGGACUGUGGCAGAGGCAAAGAAGAAGAUCGAGCAGCAGGGCGGCUUCACCUUCGAGAACAAAGGUGUUCUGUCUUCAUCCAGCUUUGGGACUGUGGCCAGCAACAAUUAGAGAAGCAACCUAAUGCCGCACUGCAUUUGACUUCCCCGGGUGGAGGCCCUGGAGGAGGCUCCGUGGCAUCUGGCAUUAGGCAGCACUUUUUUCUACUCUCCCUUUCCCUCUGAUGUUUUCUCAUCUUGAAAGAGCUUUUUAUAUGCAGUUACUGUGAUGAAUGAAGUGAGAAGAAGAUUUCUGGAGUGCAGAGAACCAACCACACGCUCCAAAUGCUGAAUGACGAGGUGGGUUGAGAGUCUGGAGUCGAAUUGCACGUCUCAGGUUUUUGCUAUGCAGAAUCAAUGGAUUUAUGCGGAUUAACAGUGCCUUCUGUUGUACAUGACUUAUCUGAAACAUUUUUUGGAGUGCAUUGCAAUUUUUUUAAAGCAUAAAACAUUUAUAGAUCUAAUGUAAAAAAAAAGAAAA